UUGGAAUCACUUUUGAAGCGGCGCGGACCAUGUCGGAGGUUGAAGAGACGCUCGAGCGCAUCAAGAACCACAAGGGCGUCGAAGGCUACGUGAUUGCGGACAAGAACGGUGCUGUGCUGCGCCGCCAUCCGCACAUGGACACGGCGAGCGCCGAGCGCUACUCGAGCUUCAUGAAGGAGCUCACGACCAAGGCGCGGGGCGUCGUGCGCGACCUCAACCCCAAGAACGACCUGCAGUACCUCCGCAUUCGCCUCAAGAAGUUCGAGAUCCUCGUCGCCCAUGAGAAGGAGUUUCUCGUGAUUGUGAUCCAGAAAUGGUCGCCCAAUGCAACAUAAGACGAAGCAAUAAGAGCUUUGCGUGUACAGU